AUGAUAUGUGCAAUUAAGGCACCUCCUCUCUUCCAAAUGAUGAUGAUGACCAACGGAGAUGCUACUGGUCAUACCAAUCAACAACAACAACAACCUAAUAAUACAACAGAAAAUAUUUUCAAAAGGCCCAUAACAGCCUGUUCAACAAAACAUUUACAAAUUACUAAUAAUAUUAUUUCUGAGGAGAAAACAAGCUCGGAAGAUGAAAAUGUUCACUCCAUCUCUUGUUUAAACUGGAGACGUGUACAUAAGAAGUGUGACAAAAAGUUGCCAUUCUGUUCUAGAUGUGUUAUUCAUGGCUUGGAAUGUAUCUAUGUUGAACCUCGUAGGAAGGGAAGAUCAUCAAAGAAGUGUGAUAAAUCUCCACAACAACAAUCAACACCUUCCCCGACCAAUACCAAUAAUAAUGAGAAAGUUGCAUUCAGCACUACCAAGUUGAUAUCUAAUGUUCUUAGAACAGAGUCAGAUCCCUAUCCAACCAGCAACACUAAAACCAAACAUUUGGAUAAGAGACAAGUUCUAGAUUUAUCAUAA